AUUCAAGAUAGUACAAGACAAGCAGCAGAAUAUAUCAGUAAAGUAGCUCGAAUUAAUGUUAAACUGAAAAAGUUUGAUGCUGCAGCUGAUGCAAUAAGACGCGAAAUUGGUAUUCAUCAACAAAAUGAAUCUUACCAAGCGAUGGGACGAUUAGCCGUUGCCUUAGUUUUGGUACAAUUGGGUAGAGGAGAUGUUGUCGCGGCAGAAAAAGCAUUUAAAGAAUGGGGUAAUUGUUGUGAAGGCGCCGAAGUACAAACAUUAGAAAUGCUGUUACAAGCGUACGACGAAGAAGACCCCGAUGCGGCUAGACAAGCUUUAAAUAAUCCAUUUAUCAAGCAUAUGGAUGUAGAAUAUUCGAUUUUAGCUAGAGAUAUGCCCCUUCCAGAAGGAAUUAAUAUUCCCCAAAAACCGAACGUUAGAGAGAACGCUACGGCCUCAUACGUCUCGCCUAAUUCCAAUAAUGAUCAAAUUUCCCCCGAUCAAAUGUCUACUUCGACUCCCCUCGCAUCCGGAGAUUCAAAACCACCACAAGUUGGCGAAGAGGAAGAUGAAGAAGACGAGGGUCUAUGUUAAAUUACAUUCCGCUCAGAUUGCGUAACUUAACACAUUUGCAAUGUUAAAAUUAAAUGAAAUCUGAUUGUUUUUAAUGUUAUUGUUGAGUUGUAUAUAUAUAUAUGAUGUGUAUAUGAUUUAUUUUAUAGUUAUUUCUUUGUUAUUUUAGAACGUUUAUUUAUUUUAAAAUUUUUGUACAAAGAUAAAUAGCACCCAACUAAGUAAUGUAUGUUAUUUAAUGAUGGAAAAAAAACUGAACUGGAUAUUGAUCACUAUAGUUAUUAUAGUUAUAAUUACGAAAUAGUUGUUAAUCGAUUUUUGCUGCAGUUCUAAUUGAAUAAACUUCAGCUUUAUGGCAUAA